AUCAGCACUUGAUUUGCGAUGUCUGUCGCACGAGUAUCAGUGUAUGUAGCCAACCAGAGGUAGUCAGAGGCGGGACCCGGUGGAUGGAUGACUGGAGUUUCCCUUGUGGUCUGAAGAUUAAUGGAAGGGGUCUGUUGAUCUUAGGAAUCGACUAUCAGAUGGUCGGUCCCAGGAAACCAUUGCACUUGAUGCCUGGCUUAGAAACGAAUGGAGAGAGAUCCACUUGAAAUAACCAACAGCGGAAAAAACGAAUAACUUGGGCACCACUUUUGCCAUCCAGGUCUCAAUUAAAAAGGCCUGCCUACACAGAGAUAGCACCUGGUUAGUUGAGGCCAGGAUACGUCUGCCAGGGACGCUGAAAGCUAACGCUAGCUUGUUCGUUAGAUAGACGGAAAACAGCUUUCGACGAUCUGUCUCAUGCUCCGGAUAGAACUUUUUUUGACAAACCAAACCGUCUCUGGAUAUAAAGGAGAGUCGAGUGACAUCUUGAUAUGCUCACUUGGAAAUUGACGAGCUAACACCAAAAAAGCUAACAUCCACUGGCCAUCUGAUAGUUAACGUUAGCUUGCGUGCUAACCUAAAGCGUUAGUGUUAGCUGUAUUUGGCUUUUCUCGCUUGGUUGGAGUUUUUCGAACACACCGAGGACAGGUAUUGGAGGAAAUAUAUUUACACUAGUUAUUUAAUAAUGAUAGCUGUUAGCUAGUAGCUAGCUGUCAGCUUCACUGAGCCCAGCGACUGCGUUAGCGGUGUAGCAUCACUCAACGACUUAUAAAGGAAAACUCAGUCCGAGCCCAGGGACUCCACCAUCAGCCUGCCAUCAUGGGCAACACGCCCACCGCAAAGAAGGGCAAUGAGAUGGAGAGCGUGAAGGAGUUUCUUGCCAAAGCCAAAGAGGAUUUCCUGAAGAAAUGGGAGAAUCCAGCACAGCAAACUGCAGCAUUGGACCACUUUGAGCGUUUGAAGACCUUAGGCACUGGUUCGUUUGGUCGAGUCAUGCUGGUGAAACACAAAGAGUCGGGCCAGCAUUUUGCCAUGAAAAUACUCGACAAACAGAAGGUAGUCAAGCUGAAGCAGAUAGAACACACGCUGAACGAGAAACGUAUCCUGCAAGCUGUGAGCUUUCCCUUUCUGGUGCGACUGGAGCACUCUUUUAAGGACAACAGUAAUCUGUAUAUGAUAAUGGAGUAUGUACCCGGGGGCGAAAUGUUCUCACACUUAAGGAGAAUCGGUAGAUUCAGUGAACCACACGCCCGCUUCUACGCAGCCCAGAUUGUACUGACCUUUGAAUACCUUCACUCGCUGGAUCUCAUCUACCGAGAUCUUAAGCCGGAGAACCUGCUCAUCGACCAGCAAGGUUACAUACAGGUAACAGAUUUUGGAUUUGCGAAAAGGGUGAAGGGCCGAACCUGGACGCUUUGCGGGACCCCAGAGUAUUUGGCACCAGAGAUCAUCCUCAGUAAGGGUUACAAUAAAGCAGUGGACUGGUGGGCUCUGGGAGUGCUGAUAUAUGAGAUGGCUGCUGGUUACCCCCCCUUCUUUGCAGACCAGCCUAUUCAGAUUUACGAGAAGAUUGUAUCAGGGAAGGUUCGCUUUCCCUCCCACUUCAGCUCGGACCUGAAGGACCUGUUGAGAAAUUUGCUGCAGGUGGACCUGACCAAGCGCUUUGGCAACCUCAGGAAUGGAGUCAAUGAUAUCAAGGGCCACAAGUGGUUUGCCACCACUGAUUGGAUUGCCAUCUACCAGAGGAAGGUGGAAGCACCCUUCAUUCCUAAGUGCAAAGGCCCUGGUGACACAAGCAACUUUGAUGACUACGAGGAAGAAGAAAUCAGAGUCUCCUUCACAGAGAAGUGUGGAAAGGAGUUUGCUGAGUUCUAGAUUCCAACCACGAGUAGCGGACAGAGAGACAGGGAUUUAGAAAAGUAAAAGGGGGUCAGAAGGAAGGAAGCGCUAGGGUGGACUGCUAACUUGCUUAUUUGUAAUGACGACAACAAUGUAACCCCCCCCCCCCCCCCCCUCCCCCCCCCCAAUGGAAAGGUAGGCAGAGUGGAGAAAGAUCCAACAGAACCAGCAGUGUUGCCUUUUCUGAUUGUUUGUCAAUGUUACCUAUUCAUUUUAUUUAUCCCUCUUGUGUUUGUGGCAGGGGCUCGAGGAGAACAGGCAUAGGUUGUGGCUGUCCAGCUGUACUUGUAUCUUUCUGAUGGUGUAAUGACAUGUUUUCAGUCUUUGCAGGUUGAGGCAUUGUUUUUUUUUGUUUUGUUUUAGUAUUUUUGUAAAGGUACUGAAUCUGCUAGGCUCCUUUUUGAACGGGUCCUCUAAAAGCUUCUCAAAGAGGGAUUGUUGUAUCUUGUUACCCUGGUCCACCCCCCCACCCCAUAUCUCUCCAUCCAGAAACUGUCCAAGCAAUACCAAGUCCAACAGAUGUGCCUAUCAUAAUGCCAACUGGUUGGAAAAGUGUGUCGAAAGCAUUGGUGCAGAGCUUUGGCCAUGGUGGCAUCAGCCCUUGUGCCCGUUUGGUUUAAAGCUUGAAAACUCUCUGCACCUGCCUUUGUCUGCUCAAUGUGGCAUGGUUAUUGGGUAGAUGAUGCACUCGCUGCUUGCAGCUGAAGCAGUGGUGACUUCUUUGAUCAGAGUGAAAAGGAUUUAUCAAAGUAAACUUCAUCUAGGUCUUACUCCCUGAGAAAUGGUAAACAUGAGCUCUGCAUUUAAGUCUGUCUUUCUCUUAGCUGAAUUUAUUAGAGCAUUUUAAGAAUCCUAUUGGUGAUCAUUUUGUCCUUUUUUAUGUCAAUAUCUGUGCUUGUGUGUUAGUUAGUGCUCAAGGGUGGGUUUAAAAAGCUGUGAUUUAGCAGCAACUAACAUUGUGGUCACACUCCUGACUGUUGUUUAUUUAAUUCAUAGUGUGUACACACGAACACACACCAUUUUUUCCACUUUGUCUCAUAGACGUGAAACUGAAUUAUGAUUUCAGAAAUAAACAAAUAUAAAUUCUGCCAAAUUGCAAAACUGAUAACAUUGUAAAGUUUUCUGUAUUUAACUCUGAUGGUGGUGGAUUUUAAUACGCAAAAAAAGUAGCAAAAUGUGCAUGUUAUUUUUGUACAAUAUCAGUUUUAAGGAAAGAUUGCAGAGCGUUAUUCUUUAUUUGUGGUGAGAUUGUGGACAACAUGCUUAACUAUUAAAUUGGACUCUUGGCUGCGCUAUUUUGAAGAUGGAACAAGACCCAGUUACACGUGUCAGAAAGUUCUUCUGGGCUUUGUUCAUUAUUCAGUUGUAGGGCAACAGUUCGCUGAUUGUCACUGAACUUGUGCUUUUCACCUUGGUAAUUGUGCCCCCCCCCACCCCCCCACCCCCCAACCAAAGUCCAACCAAAUUUAUGGGACUGUUGAGAUUGGAGUGUUUUUGUUUCCGUUUUCCAGCUUUCUAUGUAACAAAUUAAACUAAGGAAGCUAUCCUAAAGCUGUCCCCUUUUUUCCAAGUUUAUUUCUGUGGAUGCAAGACAAUCGCAGACCAAGUCUGCUGGUUUGUUGACUGAACACAUUGUUUUGGUUUGGUGAAGGAUAUUCAUUUUCACCACCCUGCCCUCCAUAGGCCCUAGGUGCUAGACUUUGCCCAUCUCACUGAAACGCUUCUGUGAAUUGUUUGAUGUGCAUCAAUCUCUUUGUCAUAAAGUCUUGUAACAUGACAUUGUUGAGAAUGUUUUCUGACUCUUAAAUGAUUUCACUAGGCUUGAGUAAUUAUUUUGGCAGUCUCUUUAUGUAAUUGAGAUCAAACGCAGGAUACCUUUUUGAAUGUCUUGGAUUGUCUGAUGGAAAUGUUUCAAUGCUGUUUGGAAACAUGAUGUGUGUUUUGUAUAAUACAUGUUUCUCUGGUGAGCUUGGUUUUUCUUGCAUGUGGUAAAGCAACCCAAAGGCAAGACAUCUCCUGGACCUGAGACAUGUUUGAGAAAUCUUUGUUUCCGCAGCCGACAGUCUCAUCGCUGUUUAACCUUUUUUGAUUUGUUAGCAUCACAUUGAACAAUGCAGUGGAUCACCAACCAACUUGCCCGGCCUUUUGCAAAUAGUGAAGCACAUGCCGCCCCCUUUGAAAUCUCCUAUUUGAUUUGUGCUAAUUAUUUGAAACUUUUAAAACACGAUGUAAUGCUUUGAAGAGAGCAUGUGACACAUUUGGUCUUUAUGUUCUGACAUGACUAAAUGAGAGGUGGUGGGUAGAAGGCAAAGGCACUUGAUCUAUUUCAGACACUGAAGCCAUCACAAUGCUUUUUAAAAAAUGUAUUUUUGUUUCCCAUAUAAAACUGUCUUUAAUUCUCUUCUAUCAGUUAAACAGUAUCAACUGCUCUGUGCUAAUUUUGAGUUUUUCUCCUGUGUUUGCCUUCUAUUUUCAUCAAGUUUCCACGCACUCUUCAUUCAAACAUAACACUUUUUACAUCUGAGAUGUUUUGCGUUCAUAUUUUCUAAUUGUAUUUUCAAAAAAAGCAAAAAAGCAAAAACAGAACAUUAAUCUUUUCCUCAUGACCUGGGUACAGUGAUUGUGUAGUCUAUUGUACCUUUUGGGAAACAAUACUGUAUAUCCUUGCCUUUGACAGUCUUAACUAUCUUACCCUCUGGAGAACUUGACAGAUACCCUUAGAACACAAUGAGUAUGUUAAAAAAAUAUACAUAAAGUAAUAUUUUGCAAAAUGUAUCAUUCCAAUAAACUUUUACUUGUUAAGACUAA